AUGGCAGCAACCAAAACGAUGAGUCAACCUCUGGCUACAUCCUCGCAUAUCAAGAUCCCCGCACCGAAGUUGAAUGUAAUUAGGAACCCCUCAGGAAGGGUCAGACAGGCGGUACGAGACAACAACGUAUCGCUCCUUUCUCGUCUGCAGCAUAAAACCGACUUGCGAAACACCGAUAAGAACAGGUUGACCAGUCUGAGCUGGUCAGCUAUAGAAGGUAGUUUGGAGGUAUACGAAUGGCUUCUAUUGGAUUAUGGACAUGAUGAUCAGGAGCUCUCAAGGGACGGAGAUAACAACACGAUCCUCCAUCUUCUCGCCUCAAUCCCCUCCCUCUCAACCUCACCGUUUCAACAUCACCUUUCAGCUCACUCCACUUCCCUCCCAACUAAAGUCGACACGAGGUCAUACGAAGUCAAGUCCAACAUCAGUCUGCGUAUGACCGAACUAUAUUUCACCCUAUUCCCAUUUCUGUUAGAUUGGUCCAACUCAGGUGGAAAGACGGCAUUGCACGUCGCAGCGCAAUGCGGGAACUGGCGAUUUAUCGAUUUACUCUGUUCCCUAGGUGGUGAUCUGAACCUAACCGAUUUGCAGGGUAAUACCCCAUUACAUUAUGCCAGUGCUUGGGGUCAUCUGGAUACUAUUCGAGUUAUACUUGAAAAUACCACCACGGGAAGUAGUCGGUCGAGUUCAAACUUGUUGGCGAUAAGGAAUUUUGAAGGUUUCACAGCUUUGGAUUUCGCUUAUAACACUCAGAUAUUGUUUGAAAUUCAAAAUAUUCAAAGAGAAUUAUAUCAAAGGAGGAAAGAGGAGAAGUCGUCCAAUAAUACCAAUUACAACCAGAAUGACAGUGGUCCAGGUAAUCACAAUAGGGUUAGAUCGACCAGUUUGACCAGUUCAGCUAGUAAUUCCAAUUCUAACUUGAAUAGCGGAAGUUAUUCAAGUCAACCUGGAAGAUAUAUCGAUCAAAGUCAAAUCCCUCUACCACCUUUACCACUGCCGUUGCAAGGUCUGGGUGAAAGAUCGAGUAGUUUACCAAUGUCUCGGAUGAAUUCAUCUUCUUCACAACAUGGAUCUACCAUCUCGCAACGAUCUAUCCCUACUCUUGCUACACCUGCACCUGCCAACCCUCAGACUGUCCUUGGUAGACCUACACCUCCUUUACCGGAUCUUCCUCCCAAUAGAGGUGGCAGACCAAUAAAUAACCGAUCACCUUCUAUGCCUUCGUCGUCGUCAUCCACAGCCACAGCAUCAUUGGUGAAGCCGCAAGGAAGCGAAGAGGGCUUGCCGAUCCCACUGCCUAAAGAGGGGGUCAUGAUGGGCUCGGUGAUGAGGAGAGCGAACUCUGCUCAAACAGGAGGAUCGGGAUCACUAGAUUUCACUUCGAAUAGGAAAGAUCCUAGGAUAUGA